AUGGCCCCAAAAGUCCUCAUUGUCCUAACCUCCGUCGACAAAAUCCCGGGAACCGACCACCAAACAGGCUGGUUUCUGCCGGAAUUCGCCCACGCCCACAAUGUCCUCAAAGGAAAAGCAGAAAUGGUAAUCGCCUCUCCAAACGGCGGCGAAGCACCACUCGAACCCGCAUCUGUGGAGAUGUUUAAAAACGAUCCCGUAUGCACGAAAUUCUUGAAUGAGAACCAGUCGCUCUGGAAGACGACUAGGAAGUUGUCAGAUGUCCUAGCAGAGGUUGAGGGGUUUGAUGCGAUAUUUUAUGUUGGUGGUCAUGGACCAAUGUUCGACCUCCACGCAGACGCCAACUCCCUCGCCCUGGUCCAGUAUUUCGCAAACGCAAAGAAACCCCUUACAGCUGUCUGUCACGGUCCGACUGUUUUUCUCAAGGCCACUGCACCCACCGGCGAGUCGCUUCUCUCCUCUGCUACGGUGACUGGCUUCUCAAAUGUCGAGGAGGAUCAGAUAGGAGCGACAGCGGUUAUGCCUUUUUUUCUCGAAGAUGAGUUGGAUCGGGCUACAGAGGGAAGAUAUGUCAAGGCUAGCGAGCCAUGGGGUGAGAAGGUGGUUGUCUCGCAGUAUGCUGGACUGGGUGGGACGUUGAUAACGGGGCAGAAUCCGGCUAGUACUGCGGGUGUGGCGAAGGAGAUUUUGAAGGCUUUGGGAUUGUAGAUAUCCGGUCAAAAAGUUGUGCACUAUUGAAGUAGUGUCACUCAAUACACGUG